CAUGCGACUUCAGUUAAAAACUUAUAGAAGGAACGUUGGCGGGAUGUGAAUAUUCGCUCAUGCGAGCAUCAUUAUACUGAUCUUGAAAAAACCCUAGAAAGCUCGUCAACUUCCAUUCCAGUUCUACUCUGCAAUUCUGAAAAUGAAGCCUGGUAGUAUGUUGAUUCUAUCUCUUGUCCGAAAACUAUCGACUUUCCCAAGAUAUCCGGUGUUGCUAAUUUGUUCGUUGCAUCUCUGUCUUAACAAAGUAGGGCGGAUAAGAUAGCAACAGCCAGAAGGAAUCUUAUCGCAAAAGAUUCCAUGGAGAGCAUUUGAUUUAUUUAUUGUUCAUGCGAUAUCCUGUAGUCAAGAACUCCUCAGGAUUUCUCUAUACUUAUUCAAGGAAGUUUAUUUUUGGAGUGAUUAUCAAAAAAUGGGUGCUUAUAGCUGUCGAAAGUCUAAAAAUCAACCUUCGAUCAAAAAUAGGCGGACUACACUUGAGGUCGCACCCUUGGAGCUUGUUGAUUUUGGUCAGGAAGAAAAAGUCUCCUCACAUUCUGAUUCUCAUGGGCAAAGAAGCAAGCAAGCUGAAUCCAAGCCUUCUGUGAUACUGAACACGGCUCAGUUUGUUUCGGCAGUUGGGCAGUUAUGGGAUUGUGCUACUCGCCAUAUUUCUGUUUUCCAUUCUAAAGCAAAUGUGAAGUACAAUGAUUCUGUUUGUUGGAAAGAGAGUAAACUGUGUUGCCCAGGUGGGGAGGGAAAUAGUAAAACCUCUAUUUCUGCUGAUGCCAAAUACUUCUGCAUUGAUACAAUCUCUGGUAGCUUUUCCCCACUUGUUACGAAUUCAAACUUUGAGCUUCUAAAUGUGAUCCAGAAGAUUUCACUGUUUGAACCCUACGGUGGAAAUCAUAGCCAUUCUUUCUGGAAAUAUCUACAGGUUGGUAACUCCAACAUGCUUGAAGAGUCAUGGAAGAAGAAGGGGUUUGCAAGUGUAGGAAGCUCAUGUGCUUUGGGACAAAUAUAUGGCUGGAUGAGUGAAAAGCCUUGUCUUGGACUAAAAUUUCCUGUGAAUGUCACUGAAGUCGAGAACCACAAACCAGGCGAAGGAUGCAUUUUUAGAGUUGUCACCGUUCCUACUGAUGACUCAUGCGUGGGAAGUACUGAUUUUAGUUCCAAGUUAACCAAAUGUAAUGAUUCUCCUCCAGUUGAAACAGUAGAGUCCGUAGAAGAUGCAAAGUUGUCCUUUACGUCUCUCUCUACAGAGUAUUCACUUGGUGCUGGUUCAAAUUCAGAGGCAAAUGGUGCUAUUUCAAGGACUCCAAGUUCCAGUCUUUACUCAGACUACUAUAUUGGCUUAUGUGCUUUGGGUAAUUCUACAUUUGAAGAGUGCCAUUAUGAAACUGAUGUUGAUGAUGAUGUGCUUGAGAAUGGGAAAAGGCAACUCAACGAGCUAGUUUUUGAGACUGAACCUACGACAGAACUAUCCUCAUCAGUGCAAGAGAAACCUGUUUCUGCCAUUGCAAACCAAAAACAUGCUUUUGCAGGAGCAUUGGCUGGGACAGUGGUUAGCCUUUGUCUGCAUCCAGUUGAUACUAUAAAAACUGUUAUUCAAUCUUGUGGCACAGAUCAGAAAUCUGUCUCUCAUGUUGUUCGAUCAGUUAUAUCUGAAAGAGGUGUAAUUGGACUCUACCGUGGAAUUGCAAGCAAUAUUGCUUCUUCCGCACCAAUUUCUGCAGUUUAUACCUUCACAUAUGAAUCAGUUAAAGGAUCCCUGCUUCCCAUCUUGCCUAAGGAGUAUUACUCUUUGGCACAUUGCAUGGCUGGUGGUUGUGCCAGUGUGGCGACUUCGUUUAUUUUUACCCCCAGUGAGCGCAUAAAGCAGCAGAUGCAAGUUGGUUCGCACUACCAGAACUGCUGGGAUGCCUUUGUUCAAAUUCUUAAAAGUGGUGGUUUGCGGUCUUUAUAUGCUGGGUGGGGUGCUGUUCUUUGUAGGAACAUCCCACACUCAAUCAUCAAGUUCUACACCUAUGAAAAACUGAAGGAGUCGAUGCUGUCAUCAGCCAAACCUAAUGCUCAACCUGAUGCAUUGCAAACGCUAGUUUGCGGUGGACUAGCUGGAUCUGCUGCAGCAUUAUUCACCACUCCUUUUGAUGUUGUGAAAACUAGACUGCAGACACAGAUCCCUGGAUCUCUAAGACAAUAUGAUGGUGUCCUUCAUGCCCUUCAGGAGAUAGCGAAGCAUGAGGGGCUGGGAGGUCUCUACAGGGGACUUACUCCGAGAUUGGUUAUGUAUAUCUCUCAAGGAGCGCUGUUCUUUGCAUCAUAUGAAUUUUUGAAAAGAAUAUUUGCUUUGGAGGUACAGCAACUACACAUUCAAACUGUCCAGAGUAAACCAACUUCGGAUGUUGACUUGAAACCAUCACCACAAAGUUUCCAUUCAUGA